AUGUCUUUCUUCAGACGAGAACCACCAACAGGUAUAAAAGUUGUCAUCGUUGGGACUGGGUUUGCUGGGCUUUCUGCUGCAUUAGGUUAGUCAAAGUCUCGUCCCCUUGUGGAGAAGAACGUUGCUCUUUCCAUCCCUUGAUCUCGCCAGAACUAUUUCCAGAGCUUCAUUUCGAAAUCGCGAACUGACUCUCCACCAGAAUGUUACCGCAAAGGCCACUCAGUCCAAGUCCUUGAAUCCUUCACCGAAAGGAAAGUUCUCGGGGACGUGAUAUCCUUCGGACCCAAUGCCUCACACAUAUUUUCAGCCUGGCCAGACUUCACCUCCCGACUUUCGAAGUUCUGCCAUUCCACAAACGAGAUCAUCAUAAAAAACUACCUUGGCGAAACGCUCCUUAACCAAUCCUGGGCCGAAGAGGAGAAGACCUAUGGUAUAAACUAUAACGGCCACCGAGGAGAAAUCCAUAGCGCGCUUUUCGACUAUGCGAAGGAAGUUGGAAUUGACAUUCGAUUGGGUCACAAGGUGACGGAUUAUUUUGAGAAUGAUGACGAGGCGGGAGUAGUCGUGAAUGGGGAGAAGUUUGUGGGUGAUGUUGUGCUUGCAGCGGAUGGAGUGAGAAGCACGGGAAGGACGAUUGUGUUAGGAUACGAAGAUAAACCUAAAAGUUCUGGAUAUGCGGUUUAUAGAGCUUGGUUCGAGGCUGCCAAGUUAAGGGAGGAUCCUGAGUUGAGUUUCAUUUUUGAGAACCCAGAUGAGCUUGUUACAUGGAUUGGUAAGUUCGCUAAAGAGCCGUAUGGUGGAGCAAUGGGAAAAACAAGGACUAAUUGGAGCAGGCCAAGAUAUCCAUUUUAUUGCCGCAACUCCGAAAAAUGGCAUAGAUUUUAGCUGGGUCUGCACUCAUAAGGUAAGUGGUAUCCACUUUCGACGAUGUUUACCGUCGCUCUACUAACCUGUAUAUAGGACGACGCCGAUAUCAAGGAGAGUUGGCAGACUCAUGCACCACUGGCAGAUGCCAAAAAGAACCUAGAAGGAUGGGAUCCAAUCGUCCAUAAGAUCAUGGACGCAACACCCGAUCCAGUGAUUGAUUGGAAGUUGGUAUAUAGAGAUCCGCUGCCCAAUUGGGUAUCACCAAAACGAAGGAUAGCAUUGAUAGGAGAUGCCGCUCACCCCUUCCUGCCAACAUCCAUUCAAGGCGCUACGCAAGCUCUCGAAGAUGGCACCACUCUGGGAGUCUGUUUGGCCAAUUGCGUUACCAGUUCCGGAAAGAAUGUUCAAGAAGCGCUUUUGGCAUUCGAAGCCCUCCGUUAUGAUCGGGUUCUGAAAGCCCAGAAGACUGGGGAAAAAACAAGAGAUAGAUGGCAUAAAGCCAAUUGGGAAGAGGUAAAGAAGAACCCCAAGAGCGUGAGUUUGCAGAGAGAAGAAUGGUUGUUGAAUUUUAACGCGGAAGAAUAUGCGAAAAAGAACUACCAUGCUACCGUUCAGGAGUUAAGAAAGAAGACUGCCAAUGGUGUCACUGGUGUUAAUGGCGGUAAGCUUGAACAGAGUGGUGCUAUUUCUGUCUGUGGUUGA